AUGGCAGAUAAAUCGAUGACCGCCACAGUCGCUGUGGGUGUGGUGACGGGCAUCCUCGCUAUUCCUCCUUUUCUGAUAGGAGGCAAAGCUCUACUGCAGCGCUUUAGAAGAUGGAGAGGUCGUGCAGCCGAUGAACCUAUUUUGCCAACAUCCUCCCAUAGUGUGGACAAUACCGAUGCGCAUUACGAAGCACAGCAGCUCCACUAUAACUAUGUGUCCGAAUCAAUUGCACUGACUGCCUUUACGAAUCUUGAUCAAUCCAUUACAACUCAUUGA